AUGUCGACCUUCAACUGCCAAGCUUGUAUCGAUGAUACUCCCAUCGAGCAAAUGGUUCUAGUCGCUGGUGACUCACUCUGCCAGGAUUGCUUCAUCGUAGGCUACAAGUCUCAGUUCGUCAGCGCACUCAAGAGUGAGAUCGACUAUCCACCCCAUUAUGCCAGUGAAAUCCUCGACAUUGACGAUUUCCCUUCCUUCUUCGAUCCCGACUUCAUCCGUGCUUAUAAAGUCAAAGUCAAAGAAUACACCACCCCAAUCCCAGACCGUCUUUACUGCAACAACAACAUCGAGACUAGGCGCCCAGACUUUACCAUGUCGCAUGCCAUCUGCAGCAACUUCCUCGGCACCAAAGCAGCUCCUCAGGACAAGGGCACCGACUCAAUCCUCUGCUCCAGCUGCAGUAGCCACGUCUGCACCUCUUGCGCCGACCAGAUGCCUGGCGAUCAGGAAGAACACACGUGUGGCGCAGUAAUCGAUGGUCUGGAGAACCAGACUCGUGGUGUUGAUUACCAAAUUUGCCCGGCUUGCCAGUUCAAAAUCUCGCUUCGGGAUGGAUGCAACCAUAUGACCUGUCGCUGCGGGCAUUCAUUCUGCUACAUUUGCGGAAAGAGUGCGACGUUUUCAUCAGGUCAUUGGGAUCCGGGUAAUCCAUGUCCAAGAUACAGCCAACCGCGUACCGAACCCGGCAGGAUCUACGACAUCGAAAUGUGGCAGGUACGGGCCCAAUAA